AUCAAAACAAAUGCCUAAUUUUUGAAUGCUGAAUCUGUCCAGUCAUAAAAAGUCAUGGUAGCUAUCCAUAUACAGUGCAAAACGGUUUAUUGUUUAAUUGUCAUGUUGUUCUGUGGAAAUUGCACCUACUGUGAAGUGGGUCAUUAGUAGCCUAAGCUUAUGAGUUCACAUCAAAUACUUUGGUUUACUGUCCAUCAUGAAGGGUUUGAUACAAUAGACGUAAAUUGAUACAUGUGGUGUAAGGACGCGCAGUGUAACAGCAAUGAGUGAUUUUAGUGGCUGAGGGAAAACGAGAAAAAGGAAGAGGAGAGAGACAGAGGAGCUCCAGGCGCUUCUUGUCCGCUGAGGAUGCGCUUCGAGUAUGAUAACCCUUUCCUUCCAGGGCGUAGCAGCCAGUGCUUGGUGAAUGGGAUUUCUCUGUUUGAGGGGGCUGUCUGGUCUCCAGAGCCGUGCAGUGUGUGCCAGUGUAAAGGUGGAGCAGCGAGCUGCCGAACCAUCCCCUGCCCGGCCAGAGCUUCACCCACCCUGAAGUCUGUGGCCAGUAAGACCAGUCCAGCAUCUGUGGGGAAAACAAGCUUGAAAAACAGACUGACAGGAAAUGGAAAACCACCUGUGGGGACAGAGGUUCUGGAGGUGAAGCCAAAGAAGAACAAGGUGGUGAUCACCCUAGCGAAAGAACCACCCUCAAAUGUCCCUAAGAAGCAAGUAAAGAAAAACCAGGAGGUGAGUCUGAAUCCUGGAAAACCACCUAAGACCCCUGUAAUACCCACAGGACCUCAGUUUAUGAGACCUAUCCAUUUUGAUAAUGACGACCACGAUGAUGACGACUAUCUAGAGGACGACAGUGACAGCGAUGAUGAUGACGAUAAUAACAGCAGUAUUUCAGUGUUCAGAUCUGCUGUUCGUCCUGUAGCAAUUGAUAGACGAGUAAUGCCACCCACAUUUAAACCGGCUGCACCACGAGCAGAACCGGCAUUUGCUCUUCCGACAAGAAGAUCUGUGAUCCUGCCUGCUGGAAGGCCACUGCCAGCCCCCAGUGGGCGACCGGUGGAUCGAGAUAUUGGCCGUCCAGUCUUCCGCACCUCUGUUCAUAUGGAGUCUCUUCCAGCUGGCUGCUUGCUUUCAGAGUCUCUUAUUGCUUGUGGAAACACUCGCCUUACCCAAAUGCCCAUCAUCAGAGAUCCAGGGGUCAGAAGUCUCUUUCUAGCAGAUAACAAAAUCAGCAAGAUCCCAGCACAUGCUCUAGCAGGUCUUCCCAACUUGGAGUGGCUGGACCUCAGCAAGAACAAGCUGGAUGAUUUCUCUUUGGGACCGAAUGUGUUUCAGAACUUGACGAAGCUCAGGAGGUUGAACCUUGAUGGAAACAACUUCACUAAAGUGCCGGCUCUCCCUCCCUCACUGGUGGAGCUGAAGAUCAACGAUAAUAAACUCAGUGGUCUCACUCCCCACAGCUUUAAGGGUCUGUCACAGCUGCUGACACUGGAGUUAGAGGAUAAUUAUUUCCAUGAUGGAAAUGUCUCUCCUCUGGCCUUCAAACCUCUGAAGAGGCUGAUUUACCUCAGGCUAGAUGACAAUAAGUUCAGAGCUAUUCCCUCUGGUCUGCCUGCUUCAGUACAGGAGCUGCAUCUGUCUGACAACAAGAUAGAGGUGGUACAUUCAGGGCUCCUCAACAAAACCACCAAUCUAAGAGUCCUGGACCUCAGCCAAAACCGAAUCCGAGAAGACCGCAUUCAUCCAAGAGCGUGGAUACACUUGCUAAAACUGGAGUAUUUGGACCUUUCCCACAAUAAGCUGGUUCACGUUCCUUCUUUCUUGCCGGUUGGUCUGCGUCAACUCAUCCUGCAUCAUAACCAAAUUGAGCGCAUUCCUGGCUAUGUGUUUGGCCACCUGCGGCCUGGUCUGGACUCGCUACAGCUGUCUUACAACCGUCUGCGUGAAGACGGGAUAAAUGAAGUGUCCUUCAUGGGUCUGUACAACUCACUGACCGAACUUCUGUUGGACCAUAAUCAGCUCAGAUCAAUCCCACGAGGCAUCCUUCAGUUAAAGACUCUGCAGCACCUGAGACUGAACCACAACUACAUCAGCUACAUCACUAUGAACUCAUUGUGUGACACUUCGGCCCGUGAGGACUCCCUGCUGGUGUCUGUUCACCUGGAGUACAACCUGAUCGACCGCCGCCUCAUUCCACCCACAGCCUUCUCCUGCAUCAAAACCUACCAGAGCGUCCUCCUGCGGCCCCAGAGAUAUGAAGAGCACCAGAAAUGAAAGCCUUACAGAGCGUACUCUUUCAAGUUUACACAGCAUCAUAAUUCAGAGAUUUAAGUGAAAUGAUGAUACAGAUGCAGUUCCCUUUUUACACUAGAGGCCUUUAAUUUGGUCUUAGUUGUGUUUUAGGGAUAUUCUGACAGUCUUUUCUCUGUCUCAUUGGGGCCACACAUGCACAUGCAUUUUUUGUGCCUUACUGCACCUAAAAUCUACUGCAGACAUUUGUUGUUUGAUUUAAGCAUUGACUGUGUUUAUGCUUUAACAGAUUUAUAGUGAUCUGUUAUUACACAGAUUUACAUGAUGCUAAAUGUCCAUCUUUUCUAUUGCAGCUGGCAUCAUAUUUUUGUGUAUGUCUGUAAUAGUUGCUUUUCAUUAUCAUAUCUAAUGUCUGUCUUUUUGGUUUGUUUAACACCUGUAUGUCUGCAAUUUAAAAUUUCUUUUAAAUCAAACUUACACGUGCAAGUUUUUUAAGUAUAUGCAAUAGUUGUUUUUUAAUUAUAUAUAUAUCAACUUAAUACAUUAUUUAUUUCUUGAUUGAACUGCAUUGCGUAACAUUUUUAUUUUAAUACCGUUUUAACAUGGUUUUCAGUAGCAACAGGUUUAUAAUUUUACAAUUCAGUUGUGUUACUGUGUGUUGUCUGUACUUUUGUAUUCUCUCUGUUACAAACUACAAUAAAGUUGAAAGGUGACAGAAUUUA